UUUUGGAAGUUGGAACCAAUUAAAUGUGAACCAGCUUUUUCGCGAAAUCUAAGUUCUUGCCAGCAUCUAUACUGAUGCCCUAGAAAAAUCUUAAUUUCCCAUUUUCUUUUUGAAAGCGUCGAACAGACGCGCCAAGACUAAAAUAAACCCUCCAAAACCCCUGAUUCUCAAUUCAUUCUCUCUCUCGAUUAUCUAUACCUUAACUUAGUUUUACUUGGUUCAUUAUCGGAUUUAGGGUUUUCAUGCCCUAAAAUCCAAACUCCUCACCGUAUUCAUUUUUCUACAGUAUUGAACAUAUUCUAGGAUUUUCUGUUAAAUCUCAUCAGAAAAUAUGUCUUGGGAAGAUGAAAUUGUUGAUAAAGAUGUGAAGAAUGCUGGUUUAGUCAUUAGUGAUCGUAUCAAUCGUGAUGUUGCAGCGCAACUUGAUCUUGAAGAAGCCCUAGAAGCUUCUAGAUAUGAUACUCAUCCUUAUACAUCUCAACCCAAAGAGUGGCCUCCUUUUGUCGAGGUCGUGGAUACACGGGAGUUGCCGUCCGUGCUUGUCGAAAGAUACAAUGCUUCUGGUGGAGAGGGAACUGCUUUAUGUGGAAUAUUUCCAGAGAUACGCAGAGCAUGGGCUACCGUGGAUAACUCAUUAUUCCUUUGGCGGUUCGAUAAGUGGGAUGGCGACUGUCCAGAAUACAGUGGUGAGGAACAAGCUAUUUGUGCCGUCGGCCUAGUCAAGUCAAAGCCAGGAAUUUUUAUUGAAGCUAUCAAAUAUAUCCUAGUCAUAGCAACUCCUCUCGAGUUGAUUCUGGUUGGAGUAUUUUGCGCUGGGGGAGGAGAUGGAACGGAUCCGUAUGCAGAGGUUUCAUUACAGCCCUUGCCAGAGUACACAAUACCAUCUGAUGGAGUUACCAUGACUUGUAUUACAUGUACAAAGAAAGGCGAUAUUUUCUUGGCUGGUCGUGAUGGACACGUUUAUGAGAUGCAAUAUACAACUGGCGCAGGAUGGAAUAAGCGUUGUCGUAAGGUUUGCCUUACUGCAGGUUUAGCGAGUCUUGUUUCAAGAUGGGUUGUACCAAAUGUGUUCAAAUUUGGAGCGGUUGACCCAAUUGUUGAGAUGAUUGUAGAUGAUGAGAGGCAUGUACUUUAUGCACGGACUGAAGGUAUGAAACUCCAGGUAUUUGAUUUGGGAGCGGAUGGUGGUGGCCCACUUAAGAAAGUUACAGAAGAAAGAAAUUUAAUCAGUCAGAAAGAUGCUGGAUCAAGAAAUGCUAACCGGGCAUCAAAACCAUCCAUAGUUUCCUUAUCUCCCUUAUCUACUGUUGAAUCAAAGUGGUUGCACCUUGUUGCUAUUUUAUCAGAUGGUAAAAGAAUGUACCUUUCAACCAGUCCAUCUGGUGGAAGUAACGGAAAUGUUGGACGCCUUGGUGGAUUAAGUAGUGGACAUCAACGGCCAUGCUGUUUAAAGGUUGUAGCAACCAGGCCUCCUCCUCCAUUAGGAGCCAAUAGGGGGGUUACAUCAGGAGCUCUAUCUCUUGCUGGUAGAUCUCCAACUGAAGAACUUUCUUUGAAGGUAGAAACAGCAUAUUCUUCUUCUGGAACUUUAAUGCUUUCAGAUUCCUCCACCUCGGCAUCCUCUCUUCUGUUGGUGACUCGAGACCCAAGCACACAAUCAUCUGGUGGUUUUGGGUUUAGUGGGAGGACCUAUGGUGCGCUACGUGAAUCUGUUUCAUCCCUACCUAUUGAGGGACGAAUGCUUUCUGUUGCCGAUGUCUUACCUUUUCCAGAUACAGCAGCUACCGUGCAAUCACUGUAUUCUGACAUGGAAUCCUGUGGCUUUGAAGGCUUAGUAGAAUCAUGUGAAAGAGCGGCAGGAAAGUUAUGGGCUAGAGGUGAACUAACAGUUCAGCAUAUUUUAUCACGGAGAAGGGUUGUUGUAUUUAGCACUAUGGGCAUGAUGGAAGUUGUUUUCAACAGGCCGGUUGACCUUCUGCAUAGGCUAUUAGAUUCCAGUUCACCAAGAUCAGUUUUGGAUGGUUUCUUUGAACGUUUUGCAGCUGGAGAAGCUGCAGCAAUGUGUUUACUGCUGGCGUCAAAGAUAGUACACACUGACUACCCUAUAAGCAGAUCUGUUUCUGAGAAGGCUGCGGAAGCAUUUGAGGAUCCAGGAUUUGGUAGAAUGCCACAAGUUGGAGGUAGUACUUCACUGACCGCUAACGGAGGGUUCGGCAUGGAGCAGGUUGUUCAAGAGGCUGAGCCUGUGUUUUCUGGUGCACAUGAAGGGCUCUGUUUGUGUUCUUCAAGGUUGCUUUUUCCCAUUUGGGAAAUUCCUGUUGUAAUCCUCCAAAGGGGUUCUGGUUCUUCAGAUGCCAAAUGUGAAGAUGGCGUCAUUGUCUGCAGACUUUCUGCUGGGGCAAUGCAAGUUCUUGAAAGCAAGAUUCGUUCCUUAGAGCAGUUUAUAAGAUCUAGAAGAAACCAAAAGAGGGGUCUUUAUGGUUGUGUCGUUGGUUUGGGUGAUGCAACUGGUUCCAUUUUAUACGGAACAAGUUCAGAAAUUGGAGUUAGCGAGAGGGGAGGGAAUCUGUUUGGUGGUUAUGCACCAAAUGUUGACUCAAGUAAUGGCUGGAUGUCUAGUAAACGGCAGAGACGUCCUUAUAGUCCCACAGAACUGGCUGCCAUGGAGGUGAGGGCAAUGGAGUGCAUAAGGCAGUUACUUCUUCGAUCUGGUGAAGCUCUGUUUCUAUUGCAGCUUCUUUCGCAGCAUAACUUCACCCGCUUGACUCAGAGUUUUGAUGCAAAUUUACGACAAUCGUUGGUUCAGUUAACUUUUCGCCAGCUAGUUUGUGCUGAAGACGGCGAUCAGAUAGCUACGAGGCUAAUAUCUGGGAUUAUGGAGUAUUAUACAGGUACAGAUGGCAGGGGAACCGUGGAGGAUAUCAGUGGCAGACUGCGUGAGGGUUGCCCUAGCUAUUAUAAGGAGUCUGACUACAAAUUUUAUCUAGCAGUCGAAUGUCUAGAGAAAGCUGCAGUCACUAUUGACUCGGAAGAGAAGGAUCAUCUUGCAAGAGAAGCUUUCAGUUUCUUAACUAAAAUUCCGCAGUCUGCAGACCUAAGCACCGUAUGCAAGCGUUUUGAAGAUUUAAGACUUUAUGAAGCUGUGGUCCGGUUACCACUACAAAAAGCGCAGGCUCUAGACCCUGCAGGUGAUGCUUUCAAUGAACAGAUUGAUGCAAACAGAAGACAAAACGCCCUAGCUCAGCGUAAGCAGUGUUACGAGAUAAUCACUAAUGCUUUGCGUUCCCUGAAGGGUGAAACUGCGCAUAGGCCUACAGUUGUUCGUUCAGUCCCUGAUCCUGCCUCCCACAGUAGAUACGUUCGUCAAAUUGUUCAGCUUGGUGUGCAGUCCCCUGAUAAAGCAUUUCACGAGCACUUAUAUUGCACACUGAUUGAUCUCGGCCUUGAGAAUGAAUUACUGGAGUAUGGGGGUCCUGAUUUGGUUCCUUUCCUGCAGAAUGCGGGUCACCAACCAGCACAAGAGGCUCAUGCUGCUUCUAUAGCUGCAUCAGCUUCUCCUGGGGGUCAUUUGGGGAAAGCUAUCCCUUCAUCUGGAGUCAAGCACCUUGACCUUCUAGCACGGUACUAUGUUUUGAAACGGCAACAUGCUCUUGCAGCUCACAUAUUGUUAAGACUCGCAGAAAGGCAUUCCAGUGAUGCUGAGGAUGUAAUUACACUAGACGAGAGGCGUCAGUACCUCAGUAAUGCAGUUCUGCAAGCAAAGAACUCUACCAACAGUGAUGGUUUAGUUGGUGGCUCAACUCAUGGUAUUUUCGAUGGUCAGCUAGAUAUGCUCGAAGGAAAGCUUGCUGUUCUUCGGUUUCAAAUGAAAAUCAAAGAGGAACUAGAAGCAAUAGCGUCAAGGAUGGAGGAUUCACCUAGUACACCUCACUCUGCUCCGGAAGACCCUUCUUUUCAGAGGAACAUGAAUACCGAUGACAAUCUCGUAAACGUUGCACGAGAAAAAGCCAAGGAGAUAUCGUUGGAUUUGAAGAACAUCACUCAGUUGUAUAAUGACUAUGCAGUUCCAUUUGAGCUUUGGGAGAUAUGCUUGGAAAUUUUAUACUUUUCCAACUAUUCUGGGGAUGCGGAUAGUAGUGUUGUUCGAGAAACUUGGGCUGGACUUAUUGAUCAAGCUUUAUCGAUGGGUGGAGUUGCUGAGGCUUGUUCUGUCUUAAAGCGGGUUGGAUCUAAUGUGUAUCCUGGAGAUGGAGCUGGAUUACCGCUGGAUACACUAUGUCUCCACCUCGAAAAAGCUGCAUUGGAGAGAUCAGUUUCGGGAGCUGAGCCAGUUGGAGAUGAAGAUAUUGCUAGAGCUCUUCUUGCAGCUUGUAGGGGUGCAGCGGAGCCCGUGAUGAACACCUAUGAUCAAUUGCUCUCAAAUGGAGCUAUUCUUCCAUCACCAAGACUUAGGUUGCGUCUUCUCAGAUCAGUUCUUGUGGUCCUCCGUGAAUGGGCAAUGUCGGUACUUGCACAGAGGAUGGGAACAAGCCCUAUUGGGGCUUCCCUUAUAUUAACUGGAGCAUUCUUCAGGGAACAAACGGCUGUUCUAAACCAAGGUGUCCGAGACAAAAUUACAAGUGCUGCAAACAGAUAUAUGACUGAGGUGCGGCGACUAUCUCUUCCGCAAAUCCAAACUGAGGGAGUCUACCAAGGUUUUCGGGAACUUGAAGAGUCAUUAAUGAACCCAUUUUCUUUAGAUUAGUUUUGAAUUUGUUUACCCCAUGUGGUACAUUGAAAUCUUUCCAUAUAAAAAUUACUUCUUUUCGUUCCACACCGGUUGAAAGAAACUAAUUUGUUGCUUUGAAGAUGAUGGGAAUGCUAAAAAGAUUAAGGGGUACCUUUGUGGCUGCCUUGAGGCUGAGGGGUUUUUGACGAAAAAGGGCCUGGUGUUGUCUGUUUUUCGAUGGUGUACAAUAUCAGCGCUAUGUUCUCUUUUACAUUUUGGCACAUAUGUUAGGAAGUUCUUUUUUCUUUUGUUUUUUUCCCCUAUAAUUUGUACCGAAGUUGUAAGAGGGUUCUAAGAAGAAUGAAUUUGAUCUGGAAAAUCAAUUAUGAUGGAAAGAAAUCUGGGAGGAAAUACAAGUUCAGGAGUAAAUUAAUGUUUCAAAGUAUGACAAGUAUGGUGUAUUGUGCUGGGUUUAGGGUAAUGACAGAGUUGUGAAUGUA